CUGCAGCUGGCAUCCCAGCCAACGCCAAUGCACAGCCCUGCCCCUGCCCUGCCCAGCCAAGACACCACUAUAUAAUCCAUCGCCCUCCCCCUUGCCAUUCAUCACAGCAACCUCAUCAUCUUCCCGCUGCCUCUCGCUCUUGCGAUGCGUUCAGAUCUCAAGCUCAAACUUGAAGUGUGCAGAGGGGGAAGGACAGCUUCCAGCUGGAUAUUGCUUGCAACCAGUGAUCUCUUAAGAAGAGUUACUUGAGAGGUGGGUACUACGAGAGUCCGUGUGUCUGUAUUGGGUUUUGUAGCAGGAUAGUCCAGAGGGUAGGUGCUGAUCUCUGCCGCUGCAAGUGGCCAGUCGUUGUCAGCUUGUAGCUUAUAAGGCGAAGAGCCUCGGCAGUUCGGUGGGAAAAAUCUACGGCGAUUGAGUGUCGCUUUUUAGGAAUACCGUCUGGAAUAGGUGCUUGCGUUUCCUCUGCAUCAGAAGUAUGUGUAAUUUACUUCGUUGUGUCGAUACAUUGACCGAGUAAUGCGUAUCAUUAGGCUGGUGAAGCAAUUGGACUGAAAUAACAGAGUUUUGAGGUUUAUGAAGAGGUUGUAUCAGCGUCCUCGUAUAUUUUGUGUCUAGGUUUUGCUGCACGUCUUCAUUGCUGUAGGUUUCCACCGCUACCUUAAUUCUUGGAUUAAUUCUUUAUCUCUACAAGUUCUCUCGAAACUGCAGCAUUUGCAGUUGUGUCAUUGCUUGUUCCAUCGUAGUCUUCGAUUUCUUAAUCUUUUGAACUUUUUUCGGCCUCUGCCCUCUGAAAAUAGUCUAUCUGUCAACCAUGGCUAAAGUCAUGAGGGUUUUCUUUCUCCUAUGUGCGCUGCUUGCGGCGGCUAUGGUGGUGGACUGUCGCCCAUCACCUCUCUUCCCCAUUACCGAGUCUGAAGUUGUGGGGGUCGAUGAUGCUGAGGUUGAUCAAGCUGUGAGCACAGGAAGGAAGCUCUUCAAGCUAGUUAACAAUUCUCCAGUUCUUCCCUACCAUAAUGGCCCUUUGCUGGCCGGUACUGGUGCUCUCAAUGUCUACAUCGUCUGGUAUGGCACCUUCAACCCCUCGGACAAGUCGAUUAUAACCGACUUCUUAGCCUCUUUCCAGGAGCCUGGUGCUGAUGUGCACCCUUCCGUUGCGAGCUGGUGGAAAUUGACCUCUGCGUACAAGGACAACAAGAACAAUAUCCCAGCGGGAGUGGUGAAGCUGGCGGGGCAAGCCGAUGAUAACUACAGCAUGGGCAAAGUCCUCAAACAGUCUGACAUUGAAAUUAUUGUGACCAAGUCCUUGGUUUCCCUCCCUUCAGAUCCUUCCUCCAUAUAUUAUGUCCUCACCGCAUCGGAUGUCCAAGUCGAAGGCUUCUGCAUGAAUACCUGCGCUUUUCACUCCUUCUUAUCUGCAUCUCCUGCUUCCAAGAAUUUCAUGCUCCCUUACUCUUGGGUUGGGAAUUCAGGGACACAGUGCCCAGGGCAGUGUGCAUGGCCUUAUGCUCUUCCCCAGUAUAGUCCUCAGGGCGCUAAGGCUCUGGUCGCCCCUAACGCCGACGCUGGAAUGGACGGGAUGGUGAUAAACAUGGCAACCAUGCUCGCCGGCACGGUGACAAAUCCUUUCAACAAUGGAUACUACCAAGGUGAUGCUUCUGCUCCCUUGGAAGCUGGCACUGCUUGCACCGGCAUUUAUGGCGCUGGAGCCUUUCCUGGUAACCCAGGCCAGCUGAUUGUGGAUCCCAUCACCAGCGCCAGCUACAACGCACAAGGAACGGGAACGAGAAAAUAUUUGUUGCCGGCCCUGUGGGAUCCUUCUACCAUGACCUGUAUGCCCGUGUCGUAAGAAUCCGAAGCAGGCAUUGCUAAAUUUCGGGAAGCGUACGAGAAGUCCACCUGUUAGCGAAGUGAGUUAGUGUCCACAAGUUUGAUUUCCUUCAUGAAAGAAAUGGCUACCCAGUUGAUGGAGAUUUCUCAAAAACUGGGGGAGGACAGUAAUUAAGAUCGAUCAUGAGCUUCAUGACGAGAGUUCAGCAUCAGUUUCUCUGUUAGCACGUUGAGAAUUUGAUGGGAGUGUGAGGUUUUUGGUUGCAGAUGAUUACUCUGUACAUAAGAGAGUGUCUUGGGUGUAAUUAUCGAUGGGCUAAAUAGACAAAGCAUUGUAGUUGGGACGAUGUUUAUGACCAACGCCAAUUUUGGAUCUUCCUAUGGGGAAAGUUGUGUAACUAAUAAUUGUGAUACAUUUGUGCACUAAAUACAGGGCCUCCCAAGUCUUACUUCCUUCUGA